CAUGUGGUUUUGCACUCUGAUGUGAAUGCGAUGUGAGGUGAUGCCGCACCCCUUUUGGUCAAACAUUCGCCACCCGUCAACGUUUCUAAAUGUUCUACUUAAUUAGUCAACCCCUACCUACUGUACCUCAAAACAACCCUUUUGAUUCAGAGAAGGGAAGUGGUACAUUGGCAACCAGCACAAGGGAAAAUAAGCUUUUCUUACAAAAGUUCAACGAGCAAGGUUCUUUGUCCUGAAGACAGUUUCACUUUGUGUUGUAAGCAUGGCAGGCGUCUCUGAUCAUGUGGCGGAGUACCAGACUGCAAAAACUCAGAUAACUUCAGCCAAGAGGAAGGUGGACAUGUACCACACAACCUUGAAGAAGAUCCAUCGUUCAGGAGUUAAACUCGGAGAGAUAGCUGUCAUUGAGCAGACUAAGAGCUCAACCAUCUUCCGCAUCGCUGACAAUCUUAGCAAGCUGAUCGAACCAAAACCCUCUGCCUUCUGCUGCGGAGGAUGGGUCGAGAUGAGCACCCCUGAUGCAAAGGCUCGAUUGACGAUGAAAGAUGACAAAACCAACCAGAAUGGAUGGCCCAUCGGUGCCAUCCCUGCUGAGCAACUGUUAAAGUUUUGCUUCCCGGCCCCAUAUGGAGACCUUGACCGCCAGGAGACUGUUUUUAACCCUGAUGUUCGCCUGGCUCAUGAAUGCCUUGCAAGCAAAUUCAAUUUUGCUAAUUAUUUCGAAGGCAAGCGCCCUUACUACUACGACUCCAGCAUAGUACCACAGUUUCUUAAAGUAAUCGCUGAGAAAGUCAAGAGCACCUUUGCUAAUGGGAAGGUCGAUCUCUGCAACGCUACAAGAUGAAUGUGUACGGCAAAGGUGGAUUCUUCAGUGCCCAUGUUGACACACCAGUUGAUGCGGCUCUCAUGAUUGGAACAGUCGUUGUCUGCCUGCCCAGCAAGCACACUGGAGGAGUACUGAAGGUACAGCAUAAAGGGAUAAAAGAAGAGUUCAAAUUUGCUGACUUGUCUGGAGAUGGUGGGAAAAUUCAGUGGGCAGCAUUCUAUUCUGACUGUGUCCAUGAGAUCCUCCCAGUUCAAGAGGGCCAUCGGAUCACAGUCACCUACAACAUCCUUCAGGAGCUUUCGUUUGAUUACUCCUAUCCAGGAACAUGCAAAAGUGACAGCUUUAGUGAAGGGCAGGUGGUAACAGCGACUAAACCUGUGAUUCUGGACAAGAUCGUAGCCGACAUCUCCAAACUCUCCACUGAUAAACAAGUGUUCCUAUCUGGUGAUGGAAGCUUAGAGCGGUUUGGCAUCUUCUUGCGGCACAAGUACACAAUGUCAGCCCUGGCACUGGGUCACCUCAAGGGCUGUGAUCAGGUCCUCUAUACUGGCUUAAUUUCCAGAGGCCUGACGUGCCAACUUCAGACAGUACUUGUCAACGACCAAGGCCCCGAGCCUCCUCAUGCGUCCUGGAAGCAGAUGCGCUUCAUUAAAGAGUGGAGCAAGGAAACCGUAUUGAUUGAAAGGAGCAACAAGCAGGGCCGAAACUGCGGCAACAUCACCGAGCCUGGACAGACAGACCGCCUGUACCUGCAGUCUGUCAUCAUAAUCAAACUUCCAAUGAGUGCCCCAAAAACAAAAAACACAAAAAGUAGUGCUGAUAAAACUGACUUUCUAGCUCAAGGACAAGUGUUAGUGUUGACCCCUGUUUUGUUUUUAAAGUUCUAAUUUUUAAGACAGAAGAAAGUAGCUUUGCUCUGUUUUGCAUUAGAAUUGCCAAAAAACAGAAAUAACAUGUAGGUCACAAUGUAUUUGUUUGCUACAGUGUCAAGUUUGUUUGUAGCAAUCACCAGACGAGUUCA